CCCCCUCCUAACACCAUGUACUUCAACACCAAGACCAUCCUCGUCGCCGCCCUUGCCGCGACCGCUGUCGCUGCUGAAGAGGAGAAGCGCCAAGUCAGCAGUGUCUUCAACUCGCUCACCAGCGCCGCGGCCUCUGGCGUAACAGGCGACCUCUCUUCCUACUACAACUCGGCGACAUCAAGAGCAGGAAGCGUCGUCAGCGGCGCGUCAUCGACUGCCACCAGCGCUGCCUCCGAUGCUGCUAGCUCGGCCAGCGACGCCGCGUCCUCUGCGGCGAGCGACGCGAGCAGCGUCGCUUCCAGCGCGAGUCAGUCGGCCUCCAGUAUUAGCGCUUCCGCUAGCGCAGCCGCCUCGGCCGCUGGCAGCAACGGCGCCGUCUCUGCGCUUUCGGCCCCCGGGUCCCUGGUCUUUGGUCUCGCGACCGCCGCAGCGAGCGUCCUCCUCGGCGCUUACGUCGUGCUCUGAUUUACCUACCAU